AUGGAGCGUUGGGUUCGAUGGAUUUUGCUUCGUCCAGGCUUUAUUUCCCUCAAAACUUAUGGCAGUUCCCUUUGGGAUUGGGGGGUUGUUCGUUCUACUGAGGGUAAUUGGAUUUUUGGUUUUACUUGGCAUGCAUGUGUUUGUGACAGUCUUCGGACGAAGCUUUUGGCCAUUCUUCGGGGCUUGAGUUUGUGUUGGGAGCAUGGUCAUAGGCGUGUGGAGUUUUUCAUUGACUCGCUGCUUGCUUUAGGACUUAUCACUGCAUAUCAUCCUCUGCUUCAUCAGUACGCUUGCAUAAUAGGUAGCAUCAAGAGCCUUCUUCGUCGAAGUUGGGUUGUUCACUGCCGACACAAGCUUCGUGAAGGAAAUGUUGUUGCUGAUCAUUUGGCCAAGCUUGGUUCAACUCAUGCGAGUGUUGUCAGCGUUUGGAGUGCUCCUUUGGAUGGGUUAUGCCCCUUUUGCAAGCUGAUGUACUUGGUGUGGCUCUUCUAA